CUGAUGGCCUGGUGUUGAAUCAGAGGGCCAAAGUAGUGGAAUAAUGACGUUUUAAUGGGUGUAGGGUUAGUUGGUUUUUCACAAAGUGCAAUGAAUUAAUACUACAGAAUAGUAGACUGAUACACAGCCAAUACACUUGCUGGAGGUAUGAACCUAUAACAAUUGUUUAUGGCGAACCGCCAUAAUACCAAAGAAGAAGAAGACCACUUCCUUCUCAACUGCUUCGAGGCUGCUCGGUGAAACGGAAAUAUAAGUACAUUGACAACUGCGGAGAUUGCAUUGCUGUUAAGUGCUGCAUGACAACUGCAGACUUCGGAUUGAACAUACUUUGGGUUUUACUGGUUCGCUGCACGGAUAGCGCAGCGGUAAUCAGUCUGGUAUUAUAUAGGCUUCCCUUACUGGGCCUCAGACAAUUAAAACUAUCUGGACUCCCGAAGAGGACGUUGUUCCAACAGACUCGUAUAGAGUUGGACGAUAACAGACAGCAUGAUUCUUGGUGAAUAGGGUGUUGAACGUUUUAUUGACUUUAAUAGAUCAGGUAAGAUCUUAUCCAGGAUCUUUCUGAAGUUAGGUUAGCCUACAUCAGACAUUUUAUUGUCACAAAUUAAAUCUAGUUUUGAUAUUUAAAAGGACGUUUGAUGGCUCUGGUAUAGCUGUUCUUUAUCUGAACGCUGUAACAAAGAAAGUAAGUAUAGUGGAGGCUAGCUACAGAUUUACUGUCACGUUUUUUUUAUUUGAAGAAAUGUUGAAGAAAAAAUAGCUUCAACGAUGGAUCGGGACAGAGCUAGUCCGUCCCCCUCCACCCUGCCGGAGUCCCCUGGUCACAACUCUCCUGGUAGCUCCUUACUGCUGGAUCUGAAGAGGGUGUUUGUGCGGCUGGUCGACUGCAGGAAAACAGCAGGGCAGAGUGGAACUGUGAGAGAAGGACAUGAGGAGGGAGAUUUGAUUUCAUCAAGGGACACCCCUAACCGUCGUUCUCUCAGUGGCAGGUGCUUAUCUUCUGGGGAUCCUCAACCACAUGUUGCUGACGAGACAGCGAAGUGUCUUUCCAGAUCAGAACAUCUCAAGAAACAUCAGCAGGGACGUACAGGGAAGAAACCUCACCACUGCUGCUCUGACUGUGGGAAGAGUUUCACAAACCGGAGUGACUUCAUUAUUCACCAGCGGAUUCACACCGGAGAAAAACCGUACUGCUGCUCACAGUGUGGGAAGAGCUUCGCUGCUUCUAACACCUUAAAAUCUCAUCUGAGAAUUCAUACAGGGGAGAAGCCUUACCCCUGCCUUGAUUGUGGGAAAAACUUUUCAUAUUUGGGAGCCCUAAACAUACACAAGCUAACACACACUGGAGUGAAGCCUUAUAGCUGUGAUCAAUGUGGGAAGAGCUAUGCUGUAUCAGAUGCCCUAACUAUACACCAGUGCAUACACACAGGAGAGAAAUCUUAUAUCUGUGAUCAGUGUGGGAAGGGCUUCAGUCAAUCAGGGCCCCUAAAUUCACACCAGCGAACGCACACUGGAGAGAGACCUUAUGUCUGUCUAUGUGGGAAGAGCUUUGCUCUAGCUUCCACCCUGAAUACACACCAGCUAACACACACUGGAGAGAAGCCUUUUAGAUGUGAUCAGUGUGGGAAGAGCUUUGCUAUAGCUUCCUCCCUGACUAGACACCAUCGAACACACACUGGAGAGAGACCUUAUGUCUGUCUAUGUGGGAAGAGCUUUGCUCUAGCUUCCACCCUGAAUACACACCAGCUAACACACACUGGAGAGAAGCCUUUUAGAUGUGAUCAGUGUGGGAAGAGCUUUGCUAUAGCUUCCUCCCUGACUAGACACCAUCGAACACACACUAGAGAGAAACCUUUUACCUGUGUUAAGUGUGGGAAGAGCUUCAGUCAAUCAGGGACACUAAAUUCACACCAGCGAACGCACACUGGAGAGAAACCUUAUAGAUGUGCUCAGUGUGGCAAGAGCUUUGCUCAAUCAGUACACCUGAAUAUACACCAGAGACAACACACAGGAGAGAAGCCUUUUAGCUGUGAUCAGUGUGGGAAGAGCUUUGCUGUGUCAGAAAAACUUACUAUACACCAGCGCAUACACACAGGAGAGAAGCCUUAUAGGUGUGAUCAGUGUGGGAAGAGCUUCAGUCAAUCAGGGACCCUAAAUUCACACCAGCGAACACACACUGGAGUGAAACCCUAUGUGUGUCUAUGUAGGAAGAGCUUUGCUUAUUUAGGGCAAUUGAAAAAACACCAGAAAACAAAAACGUGCCGUAUUUCCUCUCCCUCCUAUCUGACACCGGUUCCAGUACACUAAAGAAAGGAUCAGUAGGAAAUAUCUAGUGAACAGUCAUAUCCAUCUCCCAUUCUUAAACAGUUGAUUUAGUCUGAUCACCAUGGUAACCUUUAUGGAGCAUAAUAUGCAGCUCUGAUCUAGCAUCAGGUCUCCCCUGUGUCUUUGUAAUAUCACACAUUGAUCUAAAUGGAUAAAUGUUCUCAUAGGAAAUGUUAUAGUGAACCUGUGAGGAUGUUGAUAAUUGUAUCUUCUUUCAUACACUGCCCUUUGGCAUUUUUCCUAUUUUGUUGUAUUACAACCUGUAAUUUAAAUUGAUUUUUAUUUGGAUUUCAUGUAAUGGGCAUACACAAAAUAGUCCAAAUUGGUGAAGUGAAAUGAAAAAUAUUACUUGUUUAAAAAAAAUCUAAUAAAUUAAACAAAAGUGGUGUGUGCUUAUGUAUUCACCCCCUUUGCUAAGAAGUCUCUAAAUAUGAUCUGGUACAACCAAUUACCUUCAGAAGUCACAUAAUUAGCUAAAUGAAGUAGACCUGUGUGCAAUCUAAGUGUCUUUUAUACAGGCAAUGAGUUCAAACAGGUGCAGUUAAUACAUGUAAUCAGUGGAGAACAGGGGGGGCUUCUUAAAUUAAAACUGGUCUGUGAGAGCUGGAAAUCUUACUAGUUGGUAGGUG